AUGAGGACACGGUCGCAAAGCCGGAAACUUGCGGAUCUCCCGGCGGGCUCCGGCCCCAGCGCCGGAUCUGGGGCGAGACUUGCUGAUCCCGCCGCAGUCAGCGGCGGAUCUGGGGCGAUUCUUACUGAUCCCCCCGCGGGCUCCGGCCCUUGCGUCGGACCGGAGGCGACAACGACGCGAGUUUGCUGGAGCCUGAGCCUUGCCAAUCCGCGGUUGCCUUUGUAUGGAUCUGAUGAGGCAAUCGCGAAUGCGAAUCAGUUGCGGCGUUGCUGCAGCGGCGAAUCCGGCCGUCCGAGGACCCGUCUCCGAAAAUGGAGGGAUUGGGCCAAUCUGCCUACUGAGCUGCUCGAGGAGAUUGCAACCCGGCUUCUCACCGACGACGUCUCCGAGUACCUUCGUCUCCGAUCCGCGUGCAAGCCCUGGCGCAAGUGCACCGACGACCCCAGUUUGUCCGGCGGCGGGCUUGACCCCCGCUUCCGCCCCCACCACUGGAUCGCGGUCUCCUACUGCGCAUCCCCGUCGCGCCGCCACCUCAUCAACAUCUGCACUGGUGCACGUGCCGAGGUCGACCGCCCAGAGCUCUCCACCCACCACUGCUUCGGCAUCGUUGAUGGACUCCUCGUCCUCUGCAACAAGGCCACUAGCGCCGUCCACCUCCUCAACCCUCUCACCGGCGCCCUCGUCCAUUUCCCUGCCAUCACCGACGUGCGGGCCACGAAGCAGACGCCCGCCGCGGCCUUCAAGGCCUUCUUCAAUAGACCACUCACGGAAGAAGAGAUGCGCGUCGUGGUCAUUGACACUCCCAAGAUAAGCGUCCCCGACCCCUCAGCAAUCAAUGGUGCUGCGAUCGACGACUCGACGAGCCCCCCGACCCUCGUGCUCGCCCUCAGGCACAGGUUGAAUCGCAUCAUCUGCGCAAAGCCCGGGGAUCAGUACUGGGUGUCUGUCCAUUUUGGCGAGCAGCGGGAACCCUUGUACAACGCCCAAGGCAAGGUUAAAUUCUACACGCUGCUGUCCUUCCGAGGGCACUGUUAUGUCACAACAUCAAAUGGCCAUGUGAUGAGGGUGGAUCUGCGCGGGCCUCGGAUGGUAUACCUGUCAAGGGAGAUGGCGGUCAGCUCUCAAACGGGCUCCUACUCCUACCUUGUCCGGUCCCAAGAAGACCACCGGAGGAUGCUCAUGGUACGCUUCUUGGCCUGCAUUGACCUUGCACAUGAUCGCUACCCGCCGGAAGAAUUAUUCACCACACGGGAUGGUGUUAGCUCCCGCAUGGAGGUCUUCGAGGUGGACGUUAUUGGGAGGCGGCUGAUCCCACUGAACGGCAUUGGCAAAUAUGCAGCAUUCGUUGGUAAGACCUAUUCUGUCAUGCUUCCUACUGACAAGUUUCCAAAGCUUGCUCCCAAUUCGGUGUACCUCAACUACCGCCACCAGAAAUGGUGUGACUUGGGCAUCUACUGCUUCAAGGACAGGAGGAUAGGCCCACCAAGGGAGUUCACACAGGGUACUUAUCGGAGGUUAUUCCCUUGUGCCUGCCACUGGGAGCUUGCUGAUUAUCUAAUCGUCGACAUCCAACAGCUGAGGUAG